AUGGCGCCAGAGGGACCGCGCUGCAGCAGCGGGUCGGGGCCGGGCGGUGUGGUGGGCGCACUGAGCGGGGCGGGGUCGCAGGCGGGUAGCGGUCUGCGGAACCGGGAUCUUGGCUCGCCUGACUGGCCACCCAAGGCGCUUCGGGACGGCGGAUGCACUGAGUACCCGCCCCUCACCUGCAGAGACCACCCACCAAUCCAGACCCACACCAGCAGAGACCACUCACCUGCAGAGACCACCCACCGGUCCAGACUCUCACCUGCAGAGACCACCCACCGAUCCAGACCCUCACCUGCAGAGACCACCCACCGAUCCAGACCCUCUCACCUGCAGAGACCACCCACCGAUCCAGACCCUCUCACCUGCAGAGACCACUCACCUGCAGAGACCACCCACCAAUCCAGACCCACACCAGCAGAGACCACUCACCUGCAGAGACCACCUACCGGUCCAGACUCUCACCUGCAGAGACCACCCACCGAUCCAGACCCACACCAGCAGAGACCACCCACCAAUCCAGACCCUCACCUGCAGAGACCACCCACCGAUCCAGACCCUCACCUGCAGAGACCACCCACCGAUCCAGACCCUCUCACCUGCAGAGACCACCCACCGAUCCAGACCCUCACCUGCAGAGACCACCCACCGAUCCAGACCCACACCAGCAGAGACCACCCACCGGUCCAGACCCUCACCUGCAGAGACCACCCACCGAUCCAGACCCUCACCUGCAGAGACCACCCACCGAUCCAGACCCUCUCACCUGCAGAGACCACCCACCGAUCCAGACCCUCACCUGCAGAGACCACCCACCGAUCCAGACCCACACCAGCAGAGACCACUCACCUGCAGAGACCACCCACCGGUCCAGACCCUCACCUGCAGAGACCACCCACCGGUCCAGACCCACACCAGCAGAGACCACUCACCUGCAGAGACCACCCACCGGUCCAGACUCUCACCUGCAGAGACCACCCACCGAUCCAGACCCUCACCUGCAGAGACCACCCACCGAUCCAGACCCUCUCACCUGCAGAGACCACCCACCGAUCCAGACCCUCUCACCUGCAGAGACCACUCACCUGCAGAGACCACCCACCAAUCCAGACCCACACCAGCAGAGACCACUCACCUGCAGAGACCACCUACCGGUCCAGACUCUCACCUGCAGAGACCACCCACCGAUCCAGACCCACACCAGCAGAGACCACCCACCAAUCCAGACCCUCACCUGCAGAGACCACCCACCGAUCCAGACCCUCACCUGCAGAGACCACCCACCGAUCCAGACCCUCUCACCUGCAGAGACCACCCACCGAUCCAGACCCUCACCUGCAGAGACCACCCACCGAUCCAGACCCACACCAGCAGAGACCACCCACCGGUCCAGACCCUCACCUGCAGAGACCACCCACCGAUCCAGACCCUCACCGGAGUGGCCAGUCAGAGAGCCAGCCUGCUACAAGUCAGACUCCUAGGAAGUCAGCCCAGGAUCUGUAGCAACUGGUCCAGGAAGCCACAGGGCAACCCCUGUGACUAUGAGCCCCAACCUGCUCGGUCACUGAGGGCUUCCCCGCUUCCUGUCCCUGCUUCUGCCUCCAACUCAGGACCAACCAGAGAAAGCCAAAAUGCUCCUUAGCCAGUCCUGAGGACCCCUGCUCUAGUUCCCCACCCCAACCUCCAUCAGGACCCACCUGAGCUCCGUUCCCACGAUGACAUCUCUCACUCCCCUCCCUGCCUCUGGGUCUCUGCCACACACAAGUGCCGUGGGACCCCUGCUGCGGCUGCCGCUCUGUCUGCUCGUGGAGAGGCAUUCAUCUUUCUAGCUUUCUUUCCGGAUGCAGCGGUGCUGGCCCUUCCUUCAGUUUGACUUCUCAUUUAUUCAACAAGUACCACCUAUCGCAGCAGUGCUGUGGUUGAGUAGGGCAAGGGAACAAACAAAACAGCCUCCCCACAGGGACACAGAUUGCAAAGCCCCUCAGGUCAGGUUCCCACCCCACACCUGUCCUCCUGGUGCGUCCCUCAGCUCCUCAGGCCCCCUGCCUGAGAAACUUCCCCAGAACAAGCUGCCAGUCCUGUCUUCCGACCCACAAAUAGAGCAUGCUGCACCCUUAUUUAGGUGUUUUCUCUUGGUGAAGUUUCGUAGUUUUCAGCAUGCAAGGCUUGCCCAUCUUUUGUCGCAAUUAUCCCUAAAUAUUCAUGUUUAAUGUUAUUAUAAUUGCUAUUAAAUUUCAUUUGAUUGCUUAUUGCUAGUAUAGAAAUAUGACCAUUUUUGUGUAUUGCACAAAAUUGCACAUCCUGCAGUCUCACCAAAACUUACACAUUUUUUUAAAUAAGCCUUCUGAACUCUCAAUAGGCAAUUACCAGGAAAUGUUUAAGGAAACAUGUUUCUUCCUGCAACCUGGUUUUCCCUCUCCAUGUGGGACCUUCUAGCAAGUGCCAUCGCUUGGAGAACCCCCCCCCAUGAGAGCGGCCAGAGGAGCCCCAAAGUGGAGUCGAGGGUCCAAGAAAAGCGCAAUGGGAAAGGGACUCAGUGAUGUGAAGAUCUGUGCACCUGACCCCUGCUCUCACCUUCCCUUUCCCAGAAACAGGGCUGUUUUUAAGGCAGUGGUCAAGAAUUGUGAAAAAUAACCUUCCACACUUAAAGUGGAUGUUUAACUUCAUUAUAAAUGUAAGCGGUUGCAAAGGAUAUUAUUUCUGGCAUACCGUCAUUAUUAUUGUUUUAAUCAAAGUUGCUUGUGUUCAGUUUGCAGGGCUUCCGGAAAAAGGGCAGUUUUUAUUCUGAAAUGAUUCUAAGUCAGAAAGGUGAGAAAACAAUGUUCAGAAUUGUAGCCAGGCGGCGGAGGAUGCCUGAGGAAAUCAGUCCAGUUUACGAUGAACAACGUUAGGAGCAAAUUUCUACAAUCUAUAAUCACCCUCAUUUUUACCAGAGAUAUUCCAAUUGACAUUAAUUUGUUGACAAAGUAAGUUUAGUUUUGAGGAAACCUGACCUGAUUAUUGACGUAAGUGCAGCAAGAAUAGCGAUCCGUAACCAAAUUUCCACCUGUGUCCUGUUACAAAGGGAACAGAUUCUUGGUGAACUUAUGCACAUAAAUAGGCUCGCUGAGUUCCUGAACUCUGGAGGGUGCAGGUGCGGAGAAAAGGUAAAUGUUUCAUUGUUCACAAAGGAAUAUGUUAUCAACUUGCUCUAAGUCGGCUGAAGAUAAAAAGUUGUCUUAAGUCUGGAAAAACAA